AUGAGAAUCUGUGUUUUGCACUCCGCGGAGGAAGGCCUGGACAGUGUAGAGGACUCACAAGAUCUGUGGCCCGAUGUCGGUGUCUACGCGCCUCGACACAUUGUGGAAAACAAAUAUAUCAAAAAGACAACUGCCAAGGAGCAGAUCAACGAAGCCGUGGCCGAGGGGUACGAUAUCUAUUUCCAAUUCCUGUGGGGAACACACGAUGAUACUGUCAGUGGUGUGGAUGCUAUUAAAUAUUUUGAAUCUUUGAACCUCCCAUCAGCGGGCAUUCGCGGGUGGGAACGAGAGCGAUCCAAGCUCGCUUUCUACGCUGAGGCUAGAAAGCAAGGCUUCCCGCCCGUACCAGGCGUGGACAAAUUUCCCCUGUUUGUCAAGCCUGCCUUUAGCUACGCCAGCCUUCUCAUCGAUGAACACUCUCUAUGCCAGAAUGAGACAGAGCUGGAGCAGACCAUCAGGCAUUUGAACAAGGGUAUGCGAGAGGCACGGCUUCGAAGGGCUGUCGGGUCAUGUCACGCCAACCCGGAAGAGUUUGUACAGGCCUGUGAAGCAGCUGGACGGGACAGCGAUGACGUCGUUGUCCAGGAGUACAUCGAUGGGGAUGAAUAUUCAGUCGUGGUCCUCGCAAUGGGCGAAAUCCCUGUCCCGAUGGCUCCCCAGAAGGCCAGGCUACCGGAAAAGCAGAAAUUCCUCACAUUCGACGCCAAGUUUGACGGCGAGUCGGGCUACGAGUUGCUGGAUGAAGCAGCGAAUCCCGCGUUAUAUCGUCAUCUCCAGGAAACGGCCGUGAAAGGGUUCAAAGCUGGCAAAAUGGCAACCAACAACAUGGGAUGCGAUGUAGAUAUGCGCAUAGGACCUGACGGAAAGGCCGUGGUCAUUGAGGUUGACCCUAUGCCUGUAUGGUUUCUGGCUCCCGGGAAUAAAUUUGAAGAUACAGAUGUGAAGCAAGGUCUUGCUGGUCAUCAGAGGGCAGCUGUCGAUAUUUUCAUAACCAACCAUUUCCUCAGAUAUCCCGAUCAAAAAAGAACGAGGGAGCUCAGCGCAUUGGAGACGUUCUACGAUAAAUGCAGUUCGCAUUAUGAUCAGACGAAGUCGUACGCCAAUGCAGCGCAAGCGGCAGCUACCAUUGUGGAAAAAUUCUCCUUUGAUGGCACCAUCUUGGAACUCGGGUGCAAGACUGGUUUACUUGGUCAGAAGCUCCGUGAACAGCAAAAUAAUAUGUCAUCGCCAAAGAGCAGUAUCCAGCGACUGGUCGGAGUUGACAUGUCGAACAAGAUGCUGGAUAUUUGCCGACAGUCCGAAUACUACGAUGAGCUCUUCCAUCGCCCGAUGUUGCAAUUCUUGGCCGAGUACAACGAGCCUGUUGAUCACGUUAUCACUCUGUCUGCUCUCCAACAUCUAGCCGUGCCAGAGCUGAGUUUUGUCCUGGCACGAUGCUUCCAGAUUGCCCGGCAAUCCGUCACUAUCUCCGUUGCUAAAGAAGACGAAGCAGGCGAUGCAUCGCUGUUCUUCUUAGAUCAUACCGAAGACGUGAAAUCACUGGGACUGCCGUUUGGCUGGAAAUUAAGCUCGCAAAUCGAAAAUGGAUGCACUCUACUGCAUUUUGAAAAGUGCUAG